AUGAGCUAUGAUAUGGGUCAAACCGAUGCCCCUGCCUCUGCCUCUGCCCCUACGCUCAAGGAGCGCAUCAAGGCGAGGAUAAUCUCCUGGCGCCAUGACAUCGACGCCCAUCUUAGGGAUUUCUUCCACGUGUCAGGAGGCCCAUACUACUAUCAAGUCGUGAAACAAGAGAAGGUCAAACGCAACGGCAAGAAAAAGAAGCUCCGUAAGAAGAACCCCGGAAACAAGUUCAUCCUCAUCAACGGCGUGCCCUACCCAAAGCCCAGCGCCUACUACCCCGCUCCGCGCCUCCCCUCCAUCUCAACAAGCUCAAUAACCUCAAUCACCUCUUUCCGCAAGCAGAAAAAGGCUGAGGCUAAGCUUCGAGGUGAACGCUACGUACAGCCUAAGCAUCCGUACCGUACCUACAGGGCUUUGAACUCGCACCCAGUUCUAUCAGAGAAAGACAAGGAAGCCGCUGCUGAUCAGCACGCCGUCAGCCACGAUGACGUCGACACAAUUACUCCCGCUUGCGCGCUGACGGAAAUAGAACUCAUCGAUCGCUGUGUCGGAAGUAAGAUCUGGGUUGUCAUGAAGACCGACAAAGAAUUCACAGGCACCCUCACCGGUUUUGAUGACUAUGUAAACAUGGUACUGGAGGAUGUGACGGAAUUUGACUACACCGGCGCAACAACGAAGAUGGAGAAGAUUUUGCUGAACGGGAAUAACAUCUGCAUGGCUCGUUUUCCCCCUCUCUUCCUUUUGCUCUGCCCCUUUUCAACUUUCCCCCUGUCUCUGCUCGUGAACCCCAUCUAACAAAUCACAGCUGAUUCCAGGAGGAGAGGGACCAUUGGCUUCUGCAUCAUAGAUCACCCUGUGUGGGUGUCAGGCUGUAUAGCAGAUAGACAAAUGGAGUGAAAUUUUUCUGUAACUUUUGGUUACGUCCGUAUGUGAUGAUUUUACCUAUUGUGGUAAUUGGGGCUAUAAUUACUGUGGCUGGCUGCCACAAAUUGUGGUACUGUGUGUCGCCAGAGAGGUUGCAACCCAUAGCUAUCGCGGUGACAGUUUUUCCAGCACAUCGAACAGCCAGCUUCAUGAUACAUAUUCUGUUUACCUCUGUAAUCACGUGUUUCCCUCUG